CCUUCAAGAACUCUCCUCCCGACAUGCCCCCAUUCCGUUGUUGAAGUUAUCCAUCUUUCCCACCGACCUGUAUAAAACCUGGGGAGCUUGUUCAUUCCCGAUAGACCUACAUUGAUUUCUCCACUUUCUGAUAUCGAUAUCUCAUCAUCCUCUCCCGCACACCUUCUUCUCGAGCCCGUCCUUGGGCCAAACCACCCACUAUCUUCUUAAAAGAUGCCGCCUAUUAACCAAGCUGCUGCUAUCGCCUCAGUUGGCAUCAUUGCCGUAUCGGUCGCCGCCGUAGCCGCAAUAGCCAUCUACGAGUCUCCCGAGGUGCGACGCCGAGUCAACGACCUCCGCCAACGCAUCGCCCUUGCCUUUCAAGGCUGGGAUGACGAAUUCGACGAUCCCCGACACCGUAACCCAAACAACCCCCGCUUCAAUCGUCCUGAAGAUGCACACGGAUUCUAUCAGUCUCGCGCCGAUGUCGGUGUCGACGCCGAUGAGGAGACCAAACGAAGGCAACGGGAGGAACUGAUGUACUGGAACGCCAAGCGUGCAGAGAGGAUGAGGGAAGCCGGCGGCGAAUCUACUUCUACUACACACCGACCAACAUCCUCUACUACCCGCGGCUCGAGCUUUGACGAUUUCCUUAGUGAGGACACGGCAGCUGGACCUGGGACAUUUGUUUACAAUACGGGUGCCGAUGUCAGGGGUGCUGAGAAUGAUGCGCUUAGACGCCGUGGAGCAGGCCGUGCUGCCGCCCCUGGUGUCCGUGGAUUGACUGCUGCCAUGGUUCUGGAUCCCUUCAGUGACGAGUUUGGUAUCGAGCUGGACGAACGCAUCAACAUGGUCGACGAGGAAACCCGCUUGAUGGCUCCUAGCCAAGACGAGAUGGUAUCGGAGCAUAGGUCAGACAUCUACAACGCUACCCCGACAGGUUUUCAAUCCCCCGUUUCCCGUACCCUUUCGUCGGAGCCCAGAGUCUCAGUCACUGCUCCUCCCAAUGAGGUUUUGUUCGAUUUCGAGUCACAGUCACAGCCAGAAGCCGUCACUGCAUCGGAAGAGAACCACGAGCGGUCCGGAGCCCCGACCCCUACUACGGCCCGCAGCACCACCGACACUCUCGAACGCGACUUGGAUGAGGACGAGUACAUGACUGCUGGGCAGGACGACCGUUCCACGGCGUAUGCUUCCAUCCAGGAGUGGGCUCAAGGCUCCUCCGGAAACCCCGGCUUUUACUCUCCGUUGCCUGUCACGCCGACCGAGCCCAUGUCUGAAGCUGAGAUGGUUAGCGAGGGGCAGCUCACGCCUGCGGACACCAUGUCACUAGCGGAUUCCGGAGAGCACAUCGAAAACUUUGACGCGGUCUCUUCUAGGGCCGGGGAUUUCGAUGACAUGAGCGACAGUGAUGAUGGGAUUGCCACUCCUGGCAGUUGGUCCGACGUUGGCAGUGUUAUCAGCGAGACUGAUGAGAUUGCCCGUCAACCACAACACGCUUAAAUUCAUCGAAUCUUGUAGCGUAUCGGACGCUGCAAACGCUCUUCUUUCCGGAAGUUCACUAUCAUGAUCAUUACUGGCAUCUGGGCUCGGCGUUAUACAGGUUAUGGUUCCUAUUUGUGUUAUGGUGUCAGGGCAUUCGUUGGGCAUUUCUUUGGUUUUGGGGUAAUGUUUGUUGGAUAACAAUCAAGUGUAGAGGGCGUUUAAACGAGCCCU